AUGCUAUACCAGAAGUCUAAAAAUCAGGAUGACAAAAUGAUUAUUUCUUUCACUCUUCCAUAUGAGUGUAUUGUCAAACCCUCACAUAACAUUUACCAUGAAUCUCUAAUCCACUCUGAUUGGAGAUUCAAGCAACCGUCGACAACAGCAAACGAGAAUCUCUUUGAUCCCUCGGGUUCUUCUCUAAGUAGUUCCAAUAACGUGCACAAUAGCAACUCUUUUAAUGACAAAUCACUGAUUUUUGAUAACCUGGUAUCCCUAAGAUCAGUUGUUAAUCAACUAAAUGAAUCGUAUGCAUCUUAUGGUAUUAUUGUGAUCCUUAAUGAAUUCAGGCUUUCAAACAUGAAAUUAUCUAUUUCAAUUAUUGGCAAACACAGUUAUAGAAGUGAAAUGAAUAGUAUUAAGUUACAAAUUUUUCAAAAAUAUUCCAAAAUCUUGAAAUCAACCAUAACAAUUGAUCCAAGAACGAACAGACAUUGCUUUAUUAACAAUGAAAUCAAGGUUGAGCUGAUUAAUUUUAUUAAUAGUGUUUCACAAUUCAAUAAGACAUCAAUUUAUAUUGAGCGCUCUGAUACACUAGCUUCGACUUUUACAAUUUCAGUUGUGGGUUACAGAGACCAAGUCAAGGUAACUGAGAAUAAAAUAAAUUUAUUCAUUGAUGAUAUGAAUCCAAAUUUUUUCUCCGAUUAUUUAGAACUAUCUUCAAUUUCCAUUCUUCCUUUGAUUUGCGGCACAAAUAUGUCAACGCUCAAAAGAAUAAUCAAACAAACCAAUUGUAAUAUUUAUCUGCCAAAUUUACUACCAGAACUUUUUUAUAAUAAUUCCUUAGAAGUGGAAUCAAGAAACCCAAAAAUUUUCAUUACUGGUUUGAGAUCACAAGUUUUAUUAGCUAAGAAAUGGUUAUCAGAUAUGAUUAUUAAUUAUACUAACAACCCUUUCAUCAAACAGCUACCUAUUCUACCCGUUAAAAGGGAGAUUCUUAUCAUAAGUCAGUUAGUUGAACAGAAUUGUGAUCUUUUCGACGAAAUGAUGUUCAAAACAUCUUGUUAUUUAUCGCUUCCUCCCCUUGGAUACCAAUCGAUUGAUAACAACGAGGUUAACCAAUAUAAUACAAACAAAGGUAGCAGCAGUAACAGGAAUAAUAAUAAGAGCUCAUUAAUCGGUGACUUGAUUACUGUUCAAGGUAAUUCAAUAGAAGAAGUUGAAAUCUUGAUUGAUGAACUGACUAACAAGGCAUCAUCAUUUUAUUCGGAAAAAGUCGAGUUUACAGUUCAAUCAAAUUCUGAUCAUCCGAUCGAUAUUAACAAACUACUCAAUUUUAAUGAUUCAUUAACUUUCAAUUCUAACUGUUUUGUUACUUGUUCGAAAGUGGAUAAUAAAUACAUUUUUCAACUUAUGGGUAAUUCGGAAAACAUUAAGAUAGCUACAAAUUGUUUAACACAGUUUGAAACAUAUAGUGGUUCUUCGUUCUCAAACCAAUUUGUUCAGUAUCAAAUUGAGUUAACCAACAAGGAGAAAGACUUUAUAGCGGGCAAGAAAAAUGGAAAAAUCAUCAAAAUCAUCAAUAUGUCUGCGGUUUCUAUCAAGUUGUUACCAUUUAAUGAUCAAAAUUUUAUCGUUGAAAUUUCUGGAAAUGAAUUGAUGGAUGCUGUAGUCGGAUUGGGCUUAUUUGAAGAUGAAUUACCAACCAUUUUUCAUUUCAAUGUUCCGGAAUCUUUCCAUAGACAGAUAAUUGGUGUUGGGGGCCAAACAAUCCAAAUUAUCAUGAGAAAAUUUAAUGUGUUUGUUAAGUUCUCAAAUUCCUUUGAGCUAUCUGACAAAACUUUAGAUUCACAGCAUAUUCUACAGUCAACAAAUUUCCAACAAUCUUUUAUCAGAAAAAAUAACGUUAUAAUUAAAUGUCCAUCAAAAAAUAAAUCCGAGAUUCCUUUGGCUAAAUUGGAACUUGAAAAGCUGGUUGAUAAAGUGAAGAGAAACAGUUACUCAUCGACAACUGUUAGACUGUCAUUACAACAGUGGAAGUUAUUGACCAGUGCUGAAUUCAAUAUUUUGUUCAAUAUUAACAGGAAAAAACCAACUAAUUUUAUCACAGAAUUAGAAAAAAAAACAAACACCUUUAUCAGCUAUCCUCCAUUGGACUCCAUUUCAAACAAUCAGGAAUCUGUGAUUAUUGAAAUUUACGGAGUAGAAAACAACUCUAAAUUAUGCUUUUCAGAAUUGAAAAAAAUUAUUCCUUAUUCUUAUAGAUUCAAAAUCAACAAGUCAUCCAAUAUUGAUUCUUUAAUUGAAAUUAUAAAGUUAGAUAAAGCUCAUUUAUUACAAAUGGAUUCGGUUUCGAACUUACAAAUAAGUUUUCUCAACAAUAUAGUUGUUCCGAUGAAAAUCCUCUAUAAUGUUGAACUUGAAAUAAAAUCGGAGGAUCAGUAUGAUUCAUUUAUACUCUAUUAUUAUCCACACGCAUUUAGUUUUAACUUUAACAUAUCCAACGCUGAAAGGUUAAAUGAUCAAACGCAGUCACAGAUAGUGAUGUCUCAGCAAUUUUCUCAAAUUGUACAAUCUAUGGUGAGCUUUUUAAAUGAUUGGCAUUUUGAUUUGGUUGACUCGGGAAUUUAUAGUGCAGAGUUAUUUACUAUAGAAUCUAACUCACCUUCCAACACAAAAAGCAACACAAACACUAGCACAAAUACAAAUACAAACACAAACACAAACUCUAGUGUCAAUCAAUCUCACUUUUCAGCUUUAAAGACCAAAAGUAUCAAUACCAAUAGCAAUAACCCUAACCACAACAACUCAACUGAUAACAGCUCAAAAAAUAAUAUCUGGUAA